AUGGGAGAAGAAAAGCCUGAGGUUCUUGAUGCUGUGUUGAAGGAAACUGUUGAUUUGGAGAAUAUCCCCAUUGAUGAAGUGUUUGAGAAUCUGAGAUGCACAAGGGAGGGUCUUUCAACUGCAGCUGCUCAAGAAAGACUAGCCAUAUUUGGACACAACAAGCUUGAGGAGAAAAAAGAGAGCAAAUUCUUGAAGUUCCUGGGGUUUAUGUGGAACCCUCUUUCAUGGGUUAUGGAAGCUGCUGCUAUUAUGGCGAUUGCCCUGGCAAACGGAGGAGGAAAGCCUCCAGAUUGGCAAGACUUUGUGGGCAUUAUCACCUUGCUUUUUAUAAACUCGACGAUUAGUUUUAUCGAAGAGAAUAAUGCUGGCAAUGCAGCGGCUGCUCUCAUGGCCCGUUUAGCUCCAAAAGCCAAGGUUCUUAGAGAUGGAAGGUGGAGUGAAGAAGAGGCUUCAAUUUUGGUGCCUGGGGACAUAAUUAGCAUUAAGCUUGGCGAUAUAAUUCCUGCCGAUGCUCGUCUUCUCGAAGGCGACCCACUGAAAAUCGAUCAGUCUGCUUUGACGGGCGAGUCUCUUCCCGUAACAAAGGGACCGGGAGAUGGUGUCUACUCGGGCUCGACAUGCAAGCAAGGCGAAAUCGAGGCUGUAGUUAUUGCCACAGGGGUCCACACCUUUUUCGGCAAGGCUGCUCAUCUUGUCGAUUCUACUAAUCAAGUUGGACAUUUCCAAAAGGUUUUGACUGCGAUUGGAAACUUCUGCAUAUGCUCAAUUGCUGUGGGUAUGGUGAUAGAGAUAAUCGUGAUGUAUCCUAUUCAACAUAGGGAAUAUCGGCCGGGGAUCGAUAAUCUUCUUGUUCUUCUCAUUGGUGGGAUCCCGAUUGCUAUGCCUACUGUGCUUUCAGUCACGAUGGCCAUUGGUUCUCACCGUUUGGCCCAACAGGGUGCUAUUACGAAGCGAAUGACAGCUAUAGAAGAGAUGGCAGGCAUGGAUGUGCUUUGUAGUGAUAAGACGGGGACUUUGACGUUGAACAAACUCACUGUUGAUAAGAAUCUCAUUGAGGUUUUCGCAAAAGAUGUUGAUGCAGAUACUGUAGUCCUUAUGGCAGCUCGAGCCUCCCGAACAGAAAACCAAGAUGCAAUAGACGGUGCAAUAGUUGGAAUGCUGGCUGAUCCAAAGGAGGCACGUGCUGGAAUUCGGGAAGUACACUUUCUUCCUUUUAACCCGACUGAUAAACGAACGGCGUUGACUUACAUUGAUGUUGAAGGGAAAAUGUACAGGGUUAGUAAAGGCGCACCAGAACAGAUUCUGAACUUGGCGCAUAAUAAAUCGGACAUAGAGCGUCGUGUUCAUGCUGUGAUCGAUAAGUUUGCCGAACGAGGAUUGAGAUCACUCGCCGUGGCAUAUCAGGAAGUUCCGGAAGGAACAAAAGAUAGUCCCGGAGGCCCGUGGAAAUUCAUUGGUCUCAUGCCUUUAUUCGAUCCACCGAGGCAUGACAGUGCUGAAACUAUAAGGAGAGCACUAAAUCUUGGAGUUAAUGUCAAAAUGAUAACCGGGGACCAGCUGGCAAUAGGAAAGGAAACUGGCCGGAGAUUAGGAAUGGGAACAAAUAUGUACCCUUCUUCAGCUUUGCUCGGUCAGAAUAAGGAUGAAUCGAUUGCUGCUCUACCGAUUGACGAGCUUAUUGAGAAAGCCGAUGGUUUUGCUGGUGUUUUUCCAGAGCACAAAUACGAAAUUGUGAAGCGUUUGCAAGCCAGAAAACACAUAUGUGGAAUGACCGGUGACGGUGUAAAUGAUGCCCCGGCUUUAAAGAAGGCCGAUAUUGGAAUUGCCGUUGCUGAUGCCACUGAUGCCGCUCGUAGUGCCUCGGAUAUCGUCCUUACCGAGCCUGGCUUGAGUGUUAUUAUAAGUGCCGUUUUAACCAGUCGAGCGAUAUUCCAACGCAUGAAAAAUUACACGAUUUACGCCGUUUCUAUUACAAUUCGUAUCGUGCUCGGUUUCAUGUUGUUGGCUCUGAUUUGGGAGUUUGACUUUCCGCCUUUUAUGGUGCUGAUCAUUGCUAUACUGAAUGAUGGCACUAUCAUGACCAUAUCGAAAGAUAGAGUGAAGCCAUCUCCUCUGCCGGAUAGUUGGAAGCUUGCUGAGAUUUUUGCGACUGGAAUAAUUUUGGGCGGUUAUUUGGCGAUGAUGACCGUCAUAUUCUUUUGGGCCGCAUACAAAACUAAUUUUUUUCCGAAAGUGUUUGGGGUAUCGACACUCGAGAAAACCGCACAUGACGACUUUAGAAAGCUUGCCUCGGCUAUAUAUCUUCAAGUGAGCACUAUAAGUCAGGCUCUUAUAUUCGUCACAAGAUCCCGAAGCUGGUCCUAUGUCGAGCGUCCCGGUUUGUUGCUUGUGGCCGCAUUUUUUAUUGCCCAGCUGGUUGCUACUUUGAUUGCGGUGUAUGCAAAUUGGAGCUUUGCAGCCAUUGAAGGAAUCGGUUGGGGUUGGGCCGGUGUGAUUUGGCUUUACAAUAUUAUUUUCUAUAUCCCACUCGAUAUUAUCAAGUUCUUAACACGAUACGCUCUUAGUGGGAGGGCAUGGGAUCUCGUACUCGAGCAAAGGAUUGCUUUCACAAGAAAGAAAGAUUUCGGAAAAGAGCAACGUGAGCUUCAAUGGGCGCAUGCGCAAAGGACCCUACAUGGAUUGCAAGUACCCGAUACCAAAUUGUUUAACGAGACUACCAAUUUCUCGGAACUUAAUCAGCUAGCUGAGGAAGCAAAAAGAAGAGCUGAAGUUGCUAGGUUAAGAGAAUUGCACACAUUGAAAGGCCACGUGGAAUCAGUUGUGAGAUUGAAGGGUCUCGAUAUAGAAACAAUUCAGCAAUCGUACACGGUUUGA